AUGUGGUAUCCGCUUACUCUUUUAUUCGUCACUCUAGCCACUUGUUCCGAAUAUACGGGCAUUCAAAAUUACACGGAUGAUUUCGCCAGGAAUAUAAUGUUCCCAUUGAGUGCUGCAGUGUACACAUAUUCGACGAAAUGUGUGAAUUCUAAAGUAGACAAUAAAAGUGAAAUCACUGGUUAUACAGUGGAUUGUGGAAAUCAAAUGAAGUGCUCUAUAUUUGUUGCCGUUCUACAUAGUCAUAACGCCGUCGCCCUAGCGUUCAGUGCAAGAUUUUUACGAGAAAUGAACUAUCAGCAAGAAUUAACCGAGAUACUCAAUGAACUGAAGGAGGUGAAAUCAGGAAGAGUGUCCAAGUAUUUUUACGAUGCUUUCAAGAAAUUACCCCAAGAUGCGUUUUUGAAUUACUUUGGGGAAAAAUCAGAGUACAAAGAUUAUGAAGUUUGGAUAACUGGAUAUUCGCAUGGAGGUGCUCUGGCAACUUUAGCUGCUGCCCAUUUUGUUGCCAACUAUCCACAAAAAAUUCUGAAGUUGGUCACGUUUGGUCAACCUAUGGUGGCCGGCGCUGUUUACGCAAGAUAUCUUACUCUAAAGCUAAAAUAUGGAUAUCAUGUUGUUCGCGAAAAAGAUCUGAUGCCCUUCAUUCCAGUUCGUAUGGACUACUAUCCAAUAGGACAAAAGGUUUACUAUAAUUUGUCCAUGGCUCCUGAUCAGUUUAUACUUUGCAAAGGUCAGAAGGACCCAAGAUGUGGAAGCAGAAAAAAUUCCAGUUUGACUAAUCACUACCAAUAUUUUGGAGAAAACACGUGUCCAUAUGGAUGUUCAACAUUUGAUACUUCAAAAUUAAUCAAUUUAUCAUGGCAAUGGAAACACAAACGAAAUCAAGGAAGAGGUUCUGGGAAGCUCAUCACAGAGUUGUCUCAGGACGCAAAUGUUUUGCUGGUACUCAAAUGGUUUUUGGCUUGGAUCUGUGGCGACGAGUAUAUCGGUGAAACGGCACGACCGCUGUAUGUCCGCAUCAAAGAGCAUUCUCGUAACCUAUUCUUGCCACGUGAGCAGCACGUGGCAAGAAUAGGUUACGAGAAUGGACACCUUUAG